AUGGAGGAUGGCGACUCGUCAACGAAUACUCUACUCGUAUCGUUGCGAGAACGCGAACGCGUCUUCUAUGCCGUCGGCCGACUGCCUGCCAGAUUGCCUCAGGGUGAUGGUGUGAUCAGUUGGGCAUGCCGCGACCGCGAAGCGGCCUGGAUCUGCUCAGCAGCGCGACGACUAGGCCUCGAUGUCGACUCGUUUACACUUGCAGUCGCACUUCUUGACCGGGUCAUCUGCGGCACAAGAGUUCCAACGAAAUAUGUGAACUGUGUGGCAGCUGCAUGUUUAUCGCUAGCGAAGAAGUUGUGCGAAGAUCAUGAAGAAGAUGCAUCUCUGUAUCUACAGAGGCUUCGUUUAUCGUAUAGCGCUAGAGAACUGAAGCGUAUGGAGUUGCGCAUACUAGAUCUCCUCGGUUGGGAUGCACAUCUUCCGUCAUUCGAUCGGUUUUUGGUGGCGCUGUUGAAGUCUAUGGGUGGCGAGUGGUUGGUGUCACCGUUGAGAGCUCAUGUUGAAGCGAUUGUAUGCGACUCAUCUGUGAUGUCACAUUUCGCUCCAUCUACACUUGCUUUAGCCGUAGUGAGUCUUCUAGUAGAGGCGACAAGUAAGCAGUGGAUGCCAGCGAUUCAGACCCAGAUCAAGUUGUGCAAGACCGACCCGUGCGAACUUCUUCGAUGCCGUGAACGUCUAUCUAGUAUCUGGUCACGCACGUUGGUACCAUCACUGUCCCCUUUUGAAUUGUUGUCACCGCCACUUGAACCGCCGACGACUGUAGCGACGACUUCGUGCCGUGGACCGUCGUUGGUUGUAACCGCGAGUCCAGGCGGUAAUACCACCACCACCAGUUCUGCAACUGAGGUGAUCACCUCACCCUGUGCACCGCAACCCACACCGUGUUACAUUCAUCUGCUCGUUUUCAAUGGUGUGCGUAGAUUGCUUGCUGUUAUGCCGUCCGUAAGAUGCCAUGAAAAUGCGAUCUUUGCCAGAUGUGCUUAG